AUGAAGUUUGGAAAGACGUACAUGGAGACCAUGGCCGACCCAUCGUUCCCAAAAGAGUGGAGGCAGGGUGCCAUCGAGUACAAGCAUCUCAAGAAGCUCAUCAACGGCGUCGUUGCGGAGCUCGAGUCGCUCGGCCUGGGCGCCGACGUCCUCCGCGAGCUGCUGGUGCCCCACGUCGAGGCGCUCAACGAAAGGACCUCGGACGACUCUGGCCCAGACUCGAAGCGGGCGCCGCGCUCGUCGGCUCGCCGCGACGCUUCCCGCUCCGUCUCGCCACGCCGCGACUCGUCGGCCGAGGGCAGGGCCACUGGCGGAUCGCGGCGCGAGUCGCAGCAGAGCAGCCUGGCCGACUGCGACACCCCCGGCAACGACUCGCUUUCGCCCGUCUCCGAGGAGCUCGAUCCGCUCGAAACCGAGCCGCAGCAGCAGACGCCCGCCGAGAGGUGGCUCAGCAACUUUUCCGCCGAAAAGAUCCGCCGCCCUUCGUUGACCGGCGCAGCGACCAAGGCCUCGGCCGACUCUGCCGCGGCCCGCCUGAGGCGCGAGGAGCUGGGCAGCAUGGAGAGGAGCAACUCGUACGACGCCGACAUCGACGGCGACGCCUCGUCGUCGACAUCCGGCGCGCUGCCCAGCCGGGUGGCAGGCCCGAGCCGGCUGUCGGUGCCUGCCCCGUCGCAUCCCAAGGCGAGGCGCUCCAGCCACGCUGCCGGCGAGCGUGCGGCGGUCCGGCUCGCCAGGCUCAGCCUCAGCGAGGCGCACGACGGCGCCAACUCGGGCGACGACGACUUUGAGGAAGAGGCCGGCCCGCUCGAGGGCGCAAAGUGGUCCGGACUCGGCCGCAAGGACCUGUCAGCCAUGCGGGCGCGGAGGCACAGCACGGCGGACGGCCCAGACUCGGUGUCGAGGCCGAGGCGGAGCGAGCCGAGCCCGGGCCGGCACGACUGGGGCGCCCAAAAGUGGCGCAACGCGCCCCGCCCGACGUGGGACUCGGAUGCCGAGCGGAAGGCGGCGGCAGCGGCCCCCGGCCCCCUGCGCUGGGUCGAGGGCAAGGCCGGUCGGCGAGCGCGGGCAGAGUACGAGCUCGGCGGCACGCCAGAGCACCCGGUGCCGCGGAUCCGGCUGUUUAUCGAGUCGCCACUGUCGUCCGACGUCGAGGAGCUGCCGGAAGCCGAGGCUCGGGCCGAGGCCGAGGCCGAGGACGAGGACGAGAGCGCCGAGGGCGAUCUGGGGUCGCGCAUCGUCGAGCUGCCACCGUCGCCGCGGCUGCGCUCGUCAUCGAUCCCCGAAAACGGGCCAGAGGGCGAGAGCGCCGAGGAGAAGCAGGUGCGGCAGUCUGCGAUCCGCAAGCGGCGUGGCGUGCGGUCGCGCGAGAUUGUCAUUCCGCUCACGGCCGACACCGAGUUCCUCGACACGCUGACGGGCGCCCUGCAGAACCUGAGCAACAUCCAGGGGGCGCAGCACGAGACGUUUGUCGCCGAGACCGAGUCGCUCUGCACCGCCGUCGCGCGCGCCUCGAGCCCGUACGCCACCAAGAACGACCUCUACGUGUGGCGCGAGAUCUUCAGCCUCUGGGUCGACUUCCAGAUCUUUGAGAGCCAGCGCGAAAAGGACCGCGGCGAGCUGAGCGUCGACGAGAGCGAGGCGCGCCUCAAGCGCUUCACCGGGGAGCUGGCCAAGCGCGGGUGGAUGGCCACCCCCGGCGAGUCGGUGGCCAACGCCGCCGGCGGUGCGGGCAAGGUCAAGGGCCGGCUGAUCAAGCGCAAGCUGGGCAGCGGGCCGAGCAGCCAGGGCCUCAGCAGCGCCGCCAGCGCCCAGGCGAUCGAGGACUUUCUCAAGCUCAACUUUGCCCUGCUCGACGUGAAAAAGUUCCAGCGCGUCAAUGUCGAGGCGGCGCGCAAGAUCCUCAAGAAGCACGACAAGCGCACCGCGCUGACGGCGAGCAACGACCUGCGGACGUUUAUGGCGCAGCGCGAGGCGAUGCAGCGCCGGCUCGGCGGCGCUGCGGGUGGCGGUGGCAGCGGGAUGGGCAUCGUCGAGCUGCCGGCGUCGGCGCUGCUGCCGACAAUGACCGACGCGGCGUCGUCGAUGGGCGCGCUCACCUCGACGGCGGCGCACCCUUCGCUGGCGGCGCUGCUGCCGUCGAGCACGACGGGCCUGCUGUCCGAGUCGCUGCCGCACAUCCUCCUCUCGCUGCUCUCGACGACGCUGCUGCCGAUCCUGCCGUCGGUCGACGACUACAGCUGCGCCAUCUGCACCUCGGUGGCCUGGCGGCCCGUCCGGCUCGACUGCAGCCACCUCUUCUGCAUCCGCUGCCUCGUCAAGCUGCAGAAGCAGGGCAAGUCCGACUGCCCGCUCUGCCGCUGCCCGGGCGCCGUGGCCAACGCCGACGGCCGCAACAUGGACGAGGCCGCCGUCAACUUCCUCCGCACCUGGUUCCCAAAGGAGGUCGAGGAGAAGAACUCGGAAAACGAGUCGGAGCGCCACCGCGAGGAGAUGGAGGAGAUGGGCCUGCGCGAGUCGGACAAGUGUGUCAUCUGUUAG